AUGUCUACAACUAAUGGAAAGAAAGAGUCAACUGUUGCGACAACUGUUGCAGCAACGACGGAUACAGGUGAUACAAUAUUACUAGAAGCACAGUUGGAGCAAGAUGAGAAGAAACUGAAUCAACUCUUGACCUUUGUAAAGGAGGAGAGAGAUAAAGGAAACACACGCUUGAACAAAUCAAGAGAAGAACUACAGGCACUCAAUAACAAACUAGAUCAAUUGAAAGAGUCGAUGGCAGCUAAUGUAUGUUAUUGCAAUGAGGUGGACGUAAAGAUGGCUGGCUUGCUGACUGACAUUGUCAUGACACAGUCCAAACAAACAAAGAAUGAAUGUAUAGAAUUAAAGAAGCAACUAUAUGAACUACAACAAAAGACAGCAGUGUCAGAGACACAGAUACAGACAAUCAUUACAGCCUCCAGUGUGCCACAGGACGAGUUGGUCAAACUGAAGGAUGAGGCUCGCGCCAACCUAUUGUACAUACAGGAGAAGUAUCAACAGCUGCAGAAAGAGUCCAAGGCUAGAGAGGAUGAUCUUAAGAAUACAUUCUUUUUGUUGAAUGAACAGGAGAAGACACUUAAAGGACAGCUGUCUUGA